AUGUUGUCGUCGCUUGGGCGCGUACUCCCAAGAGUCCCUAGAUUGAAGCAGACACGGCCGCGAUGUCUGUAUCAUUCACGAGCUCUCGCCAAAACAUGGCAGCAAACUCUGUCGUCGGUGUCAGUGUUGCGGUCGAUCUACCCAGCGAGCCGAACCAGCGGCAUCCCGCAACGCGUUUUGUCUACGGCUGCCACCGCGCAUGAGAACCCGGUGACGAGCAUUGAAGAAUUGCUGCCGGUGUGCUGUCCAGGAUGCGGUGCCUAUUCGCAAAUUGUCGAACCGAAUGAGCCUGGAUACUAUGGUCGAUUGGGGAAGGGGAAGCAGACGCGAAAACCUCUGUCGGAGGUUGAGGCCAAGCCGGAUGGGGAAAACGCGACUGCGCUGAAGGCUGAUGGCGAGAGGGCGGCGGAUACUAUUCAGAGGAUUGUUCGCGACCAGAGGGAUACACAGAAGCCCGAUCCUCGAAACAAGGCUCUACUUGAAGAGGCGACGGCUACGGCGAACCGGUAUCUCGAGAAAUCAAGACCCACGGUACAUAUCUGCGACAGAUGCCACGACCUCGUUCACCACAAUAAAGCCGUCCCCGCCGUGUCUCCUUCUCUUGAGACGCUCCGGGACUUUCUGGACGAGUCGCCCCACAAACACAAUCGCGUGUACCACGUCGUUGACGCCGCUGAUUUUCCCAUGUCCCUGGUCGACAACAUACACGAAGUGCUCGGCGUCAAGGACCAGCGGUCGCAGAAUCGACGAGCGGCUAGCUACAAAUACAAACGGGGAAAACUGCUCCCGACUAUCAGCUUCGUCAUAACGCGCUCGGAUCUCCUGGGUGCCACCAAGGAGCAGGUAGAUUCGAAAAUGCAGUACAUGCGCACGAUGAUUCGCGAGAUUCUGGAUAUGCCGUCUGACGAUUAUCGCCUGGGCAAUCUGCACAUGAUAAGUGCGCAGCGCGGCUGGUGGAAUAAGCAGGUAAAGGAUGAGAUUAGAGAGCACGGUGGUGGUAUCUGGGUGAUUGGGAAAGCCAACGUCGGGAAGAGUAGCUUCAUUGAGGCUUGCUUUCCGAAAGACUCGAAGAACCUCGAGAAGAUCGCCGAAUUGGUCGAGCGGCGUGGGAUGGAUUCGAGGAUCCCCAACUCGCCAGAUCCACUUGACUCUGAUGGCCUUCUCCCACCUGUUCCCCGGGAGGACCUCUUCCCUGUUCUCCCCGUUGUGUCGUCUCUAUCGGGAACCACAGUCUCGCCGAUCCGGAUCCCAUUCGGGCGCGGGCGAGGGGAAAUGAUCGAUUUGCCGGGCUUGGACCGAAGCGAGCUAGCAGAGCACGUCCGCGACGAAUACAAGCGAGAUUUGAUCAUGACGAAGCGCAAGAAGCCCGAGCGUCACAGCGUUAAACCGGGCCAGUCGUUGCUUCUCGGGGGAGGCCUUGUGAGAAUCACAUCCACCCAUCCUGAUCACACCGUCAUGGCAGCUUGCUUCGUCCCAAUGGAAGUCCACAUCACCAAAACCGAGAAGGCAAUCGAGAUGCAGGCCCAGCAGCGGGCAUACCCGGGGACAGUGAUCGCGAACGACGGUAUCGGCGAAACCAUCUCCUCCGCCGGAGUGUUCGACGUGAAACACGACGUGACGAAAUCACACCUCCCUACGACACUGGCUAAGGCCAUCGAGGACAAAAGGACGCGCAUGCCAUCUCUCCCGUACCGUGUCUUCUCAACGGAUAUCCUCAUCGAGGGGUGCGGCUGGGUUGAACUCACUGUGCAGACCCGCGCCAAGCGCAGCGACAAGGACGGUGCUGAGUCCUCGGAAUCCACGCCACAAGUGGAAGUUUUCACCCCUUAUGGACGACAUAUUGGGGCGCGGGCACCGAUCGAGUGCUGGAAUUUGAUCGCACAGAAGCAGGCUGCUGACAAGCGCAAGAUAGGUGCCCGCCGGCGACAGAACGUCGGACAGCUGAAGCGGGCUCAUCAGUCUGCGAACGCUAAAGUUUAGAAGACGUUGAAUCGGCUCAGGCAUGAUGCUUGAUUCUAUGGAGGGGGGGGGUUCCCCGUGUAUAAUAUUAGCAUAGCGACUGGUGUUUCCCUUUUUUGAUUGGAAUUAAAAAAAGAUCUAGACU